AUGGUGGCGGCUUUGGAUCCCGGUGACACGACAUCCGGCGUGCUCUGCGGCAUCUCCCAGAGGAAAAGAACGGAGCGGCACAUGCAGCAACAAGCUCGGAUUAGGAUGAAGUUCCAUGUCAGCACGGGCAAGGAAAUGAGGUUUGCAAUGGCGAACAAGGCAUACAUGGCGGUGACUCUGGGCGCGGCCAUGGAGCUCAAGGAGCAGGUGGCCAAGCCGUGCUCGGCGGCGGCGAAGCGGGGCCUGCCGGUGGUGGCUGUCCGGUCGUCGGCCGUCAAGGUCGAUGGCGUCUCGGUUGCCGCCGAGGAGUCGCUGAGGAUGGUCAUGUACCUCAGCUGCUGGGGCCCAUGUUAG